AUGAAAUAUCUAUCUAUCUAUCUAUCUAUCUAUCUAUCUAUCUAUCUAUCUAUUUAUCUAUCACUCAUUUAUUUUCCUAUCUAUCUAUCUAUCUCAUUCUGUUCAUAUCUAUCUAUCUAUCUAUCUAUCUAUCUAUCACAGUCUGUUCAUAUCUAUCACUCUCAGCCUACUCCUUCCAUAUUUAAUCUGGCUCAUCUUUCGUAUAGUCAUCCAAGUAUGUUGAUCGCCUCCGAUAAUAUUAUCUCUUCUGCUACUGGAAUCCAACAAGGUGAUCCACUUGUUCCGCUAUUUGCGAUGGCUGUUGACGGGGUAGCUCGUUCCAUCGCUUCACCUUUCAAUAUAUGGUAUCUUGACGAUGCAACGUUGGGAGGAUCCAUCGAGGCCGUAGCUGCUGACCUCCGACGAGUUAUUCCUGUUUUAUCUCUGCUUGGACUUGAGAUUAACUCGUCCAAAACAGUUUUCGCUACCAGUGUCCUCUCACUCUCGUCAGUGCCUAAUCUACCUCCCUCACAGGAUUUCUUAAAUGAGAUAGAUAUCACAAUUAAGAGAUGCGCCGAGCUAAUUGCAACGUCAAUUUCGACGACACAGGAUGGAGGCAAGCAAAGCUCUCUUUGA